AUGGCCAUGGCGAAGGCAGCUGCGCGCGGGAGGACUUUCAAGUCCAUCGAGGAGUGCGUGGCGGCUCUGGGGCGCCUGGAGGACGCCGAGCCGCAGACCCGGGCGCUCUGCGAAAUGAACCUCGAGUUCUUCCGGCCACUGGGGAUCCCCAAAAAGGGCGACUGGCUGGCGGAGAAGAAGGAGUCUGGACAGACCUACAGCACCUACAGCCGGCGCAUGAAGCCGCCCCUGACCCCCAGCAAGCACACGGACACCGUCCUGCUGGUACCUUUCGGCAAAAGCUUCGGUGAGGGUGUGGCGCAAGUUUUCCUGCCACAUCUGGUGGAGUACUGCCGGGCCUUUUUUGUGGGUAUGGAGGUGGUGUGUGUGGAGAAGCCGCUGUCGUUGGCCAAGAUGCAGAAGAGGAGCAACGACUUCGGCCAUGACCAGUUCCUCAUCGGCGACAUUUUCGAGGCAUUGAACACCCAGACGCGGUCCUAUCGCAAGGCCUACUGCCGCCUGGGCAUUACCAUGGAAGACAUCUACCCCGGAGAGGAGUGGAAUUACGUCUUCGGGCAGGCCAAGCCUCUGGAGCGCGUGGGGGUCUUCUCCUUCGCGCGGCACUCGCCCUACUUCUACAGUGGGCUUCAUGCUUCCCAGGUGCCAUCUCUCAAGGAGGGCGCUGGGUGGCUACGAGCAAGUAUGCACACCAUGGUCCACGAGACCUGCCACAUGUUCGGGAUUCUGCACUGCGUCUACUUCCAAUGCCUCAUGAACGGCAACAACGGGCCUGGGGACUCCGCGGGCCGCCAUAGCCCCUUCGGAACCAAAAAGUGGGGGAGGCGAGGAGUUUCUGAGCGGGGAAGGGGUCGGGGGGGAGCAGGGGGCAGGGCGGGCGGGGGGGGGGGGGGGGUGGGGGUUGGCGGGACCAAAUCAAAAGGCAAACCCUUGGCAACAGCGAGUCGACCGGGUCUUACCCUCAAAAGUGUUACUUUCCGCUCCCAAUUGUAG